AUGUCUGAGGCGCGACCGUUAGGCUUUCUCUACACGGAAACCCCCGACGAAUUUGUCGAACUGUCUUCUGCAGCCGGUAGGCUUUCGAAGCUUCUUGACGUAGUCACUCGAGAUGCAGAAAAACUGAUCCUGGAGUGCGGGAUUAAACCUAUCUAUCCCAGCAGGAAGGAUAAGAGGGAAUCGGAAGAUUCCCAGAAGACAGCCGUUGCCAUAUCGUUAUCGUUGACGGAUUCUGAGCCACCUACGCCUACUAAGAGUAGCAGGCCGCCUACUCCUUCGGAUAUACCUCCACUUGACGUGUCUCCUUCCGAAAAGAAGAGACCCUCUGGGAGAGGAGGAAAGUCUCGAACGGCCUCCAAGUGGAAAGCCUGGUUCAAGGCUCCUAUGCUCUGUGGCAUAGCUAUCAAUAACGUAUUACGGACGGCAUCUGCUGUCUUGGUUGCUAUACAGCGUGAUCUGAAUGGUAACGCGGAGGCCAUUGCAUGUCUAAGUCCCGCCCACCCAAAACUCAAAGUUUACCUCGCAGGCUCAGUACAUCAUACUAAAAACAAACCAAUCGAUUACUCGUGCGGAAAGGAUUAUCUUAUGAUCUCGGGUUACCGACAAGCCCUAGAAGAAAACCAAGGUGGCGUUUCAAGAAGAGUAGAAGCACGUCGCGUGUGCAGGGAUGUAAAAAGGCUUUGCGGAAGGAUCAUCUGA